AUUUUUUUAAACAAAAAUUAUUGUUUUCUCUCUUUCUCAUUUUCUCAUUUUCUUUAUUAAAAAUAUAUAUAUAUAUAUUACUUAUUAUCUAAUCAUAUCCCAUUAUUAUUUUAACUAAAUGGAUGCAGUUUAUCUUAGACCUUUUACAAAUCCUAAGCGGGUAAAAUUAGUAUCAACUUGUGAUGUUUGUAAAAAUCGCAAGGUUAAAUGUGAUAGAGAACGACCAGAAUGUGGUACAUGUAGAAAGACAAAUAGAAAAUGCAGUUAUACAUAUGCUGCUCUCACAGAGACAAUGCGAGAUAAGCAGACUGGAAUGAGGGCACAAGCUGACACUAAUUUUUUUCAAACACAAUUAAAUUACUUGCAAAAAAUGCAGUUUGGACAAUUAUAUGAUGAAUCAGGUUAUUUAUCGAUGGCUUCGAGAGGAUUUGGGAUCGAUGUCGAUAAUAGUCAACAUGUUCCUGGAAUGUUGGCAAGACCGAUGACAAUGUCAAACGUUUAUGAUGGUCCUGAUGAUACCUCAAUACUUACCUCUGAGGUCCUUCAGUACUCUUCUAAUAUCGUUUCAUCCAUUCCAAAAGAUACUGAACAACAGCAGUACGAUCCAUAUUACCUAAACAACGAUAAUUUUUCCAUGCUCAUACAACAGGCACCACAGCUAUCUGAAAACUAUCUACCUCAAACAUCAAUACCGCCUCAACAAUUCCAAGAGCCUCAGCAAUCGCCACACCAACAAAUGCCACAACAGCCACCUCAUCAUCAGCCACCCUUACAAUUACUUCAACAACAAUUACCUCAACAGAUACCUCAACGACAACCUCAACAAUUUAUUCAACAACGUCGUCAUGCGUCAACUGAAGAUACCGUAAUGGAAGAUUUAAUUACAAAUAUCAAGAAUAUGAACCUUUAUGAAUCAACACGAUAUAUUGGUGAAGGUAGUUUGCUAAUGCUUGAUGAGGAUAAUAUUGGUGAAAUGAUUAUUCCUCAAAUGACUAAAGAUAUAUCAGAAGUUGAUAAAUCGUUAAAGAUUUUACCGAAUGAAGAGACUGCCAGUGAAUUAAUACGUUUAUAUUUUAAGGUUUAUAUUUUAUUUAAUCGCUUCCAAUCAAUUAAAGUUUUUAAUUCAUACAAAAAUUUUUUUUUAUUAGCAUGUUCAUCGAUAUUUUCCUGCUAUUAGAGAAGAAAUCGUUUGGAAUGUUCAUGAAGUUGUUAGGAAUGCUCCUGGAAAUUUGUCUAAGCCCCAACAUUUGCUCUUGUUGAAUUGUAUAUUCUUUAUUGCCU